UCGACGAUAAAAGAAAGAGUUCAGAGCAGCGCUUCCCACAAACAAGACGGUUGUCGAGUUAAGUUCUGCUUACCUUGGUUAAGAUGAGUCAGGUUCUUCAAGCAUCGUGUAAGGCUGUGUUGUUGGUGUUAGCUGUUCUUCUUGUAGCAGGUCGUGCUGCUGAGACAAGUGAGAUACAAGACGAAGGUCAGAUGGAGAAAAGAGUUCGAGGACAGAAUCAAUCGGACAUGAUGACACUGUUGAAUACUUUGCAAGCAAGAGUAGCUCAACUAGAAACCCAAAGAAUGAUACUGAUUCGAGGUAAAGAUGGUCGUGACGGGAAACCAGGAAUUCCAGCUCAGCUAGAAACCCAAAGAAUGAUACUAAUUCGAGGUAAGCCUGGUAGACCAGGAAGGAAUGGAUGGCGAGGACCAAGAGGAUCCGUAGGACCACGAGGAUCCGUAGGACCACGAGGAUCCGUAGGACCACGAGGAUCCGUAGGACCACGAGGACCCAGAGGUUAUCGCGGAUCAGGAGGAGUACAGUACGUACGAUGGGGAAGAACCACGUGUCCUUGGGGUGCCUCUCUUGUCUACAAAGGUCGUAUCGGAGGCGAGCGCUAUACUCAUUCAGGUGGAGGUGCUAAUUACGUGUGUCUCCCUGAGACCCCMAAAUAUGGAAGGUACAAGAAUGGCUACCAGAACACUGCGUUCAUGUAUGGUACAGAAUACGACCUAUACUAUUACAACCCAUUCACAAGAAACCUUCACGAUCAUGACGCUCCAUGUGCUGUGUGUUACGUUACAACACGAAGUGCCAAGAUGAUGAUCCCUGCGACUUACGAGUGUCCCGCUGGAUGGACACGAGAGUACCAUGGAUACCUUAUGAGUGAAUAUCAUAAACACCGUCAUUCAUCAAACUUCAUUUGUGUUGAUCAGAAUGCACAAGCUGUUCCAGGGACAAGUGCUGAUCGAGAAGGUGCUCUACUGUAUCCCGUGGAAGGUGUGUGUGGUUCUCUGCCUUGCUACCCAUAUGUUGGGGGAAGAGAACUGACAUGUGUAGUAUGCACCAAGUAAUAGAAGUUACUUCAAGCUCAUCACGAAAAGAGAGCUUGAAAGAAAGACUAUAAGGGUAUAAAUUGAGCGUUUUGAUUACUUAAUGAUGAGUAAGACCUCUUCUAAAGGAACAUUACAUCAUAAAAAAUAUAAUUAGAAAUAGAAAUUGUAACUUGUAACAGGACAAA